AUGACUAUUAAUCAGAAUAGCACAGAAGAGGAGCUACCUAAUUAUGGGGGAUCUUUAUCAGCACCAAAUGUUCAAGAAAUGGUGAAGAGGGAUCCUUCAAAAAUCCCAGACAGAAACAUCAGGAGCCUAGAGGACCAGCCAAAAAGAACAAAAAUGACCUCUUUCUCCUCUGAGAUUCCUACAGUAGAUUUAUCAUUGCUUUUACAGCAGCAAGAACAGGAGCUCAGGAAACUGGACAAGGCAUGCAAAGAAUGGGGUUUCUUUCAGGUGGUCAAUCAUGGAAUAGAGAACCAAGUAUUGCAAAAAAUAAAAGAUACUGCAAGAUUAUUUCUUGAUCUCCCAUUAGAGGAGAAGAAUAAGUUCUCAAUGCCCGCAGAUGACAUGCAGGGAUAUGGGCAUGCAUUUGUGUUUUCUGAAAAGCAGAAAUUGGAUUGGAAUGAUGCACUAGUUCUGUUCAUGUUUCCUUCAAAGUUCCGAAAAUGUAAAUUCUGGCCCACCACACCAGCGGAUUUCAUUGAUACUGUGGAGAAAUAUUCAUCUGAAAUACGAAGAGUGGGCAUGGAACUGCUUCGUUCCAUAUCUAUAAACAUGGGAAUGGCCAGCAAUACCCUUCUUACAAUGCACAAGGAGCUGCCUCAAGCUUUGCGUCUGAACAACUACCCCCCCUGUUGCAAACCUGAUGAAGUUCUAGGAUUUAGCCCUCACUCAGAUGCAAGUACUAUAACCGUACCAUCACAAGAUGAUGAUGUUACUGGUUUAGAAAUUCAGCAUGAGGGCCAGUGGGUGCCAAUUAGACCGAUUCCAAAUGCUCUAGUUGUCAAUGUUGGAGAUGUUCUUGAGAUCCAUCAUCAACCAAUUAAUGGCGAACCAAAAUUUCUUCGUUUUCGGAAUGACUCUCAGAUUUGGAGUAAUGGGACAUACAGGAGCAUCGAACACCGAGCAGUGACAAACAAGAAUAAGGCAAGGAUUUCCUUUGCAACAUUUCUAUCCCCGCAAGAUGAUGUAGAAAUAGAACCCUUGGAUACCAUGAUGGACUCCCAUGGUUCCUUGAGGAAGUACAAGAAGGUAAUUUUUGGAGAUUACAUCAGGAAAUUCUUCAAGGCAAAAUUGGAAGGAAAGUCUAGGUUCGAAAUGGAAAAGAUGGAACUUGAUAGUGCCGACUUACAUUGA